CAUAGGAGUGCAGGAGGUUGAAAAUGAGUGCCAAAAUUACGGUGUGAUUGAGAUUCACAAACUGCUCCUAGUAACAUGAACUUGCUUACUUGAGUUAAAACCCUUGCUUGAGGUUUCCUUCAAAUAGGUCUUCUUGAAGGCUGAUUUGGUGCUCGAAAACUUAGCUAGUCGAAAGUUGAGGCAUCCCAAUGACUGGCUGGAUUUAUCUACAGUGCUACAACUACUGGAAAGUUGAAAGUUGGUGCUUAAUGGAUUUAUUUACACCAUCUGGGUAUUAACAUGGAUGCAUCACUCCCCAUGGACAGUGAAGGACAAAUGGUGGAUGCUGGUGGUAAACGUGGUGGUUGGAUCAUCUUUUUAUUCAUCAUAGGAACUUUAAUGUGCUUGACACUUGCUGCUGGAGGAUGGCAAGCAAAUCUGGUUGUGUAUCUGAUUGAGGAGUUUAACGUGAAGAGCAUUGAUGCUACUCAGGUGUCAAAUGUUGUCAAUGGUUGCACUAGUUUAUUUCCUAUCAUUGGAGCAAUUGUUGCAGACUCUUUCUUUGGCUGUUUCCCUGUCAUCCUGAUCUCGUCUUGUGUCUCUUUUCUGGGAUUGGUCCUAUUCACUUUGACUGCAACUCUUGAUUCCUUGAGGCCCCCUUCAUGUGAGAAUGGAUCUAGCUUGUGCGAAACACCAUCAAAAGUUCAGUUUUCAGUCCUAUAUGCUAGUAUAACGCUGGGAUCAAUUGGACUGGGAGGCACUCGCUUUACUAUAGCAACAAUGGGAGCAAACCAAUUUGACAAGCCUAAAAAUCAAGGGAUUUUCUUUAACUGGUUUUUCUUUGCCAUGUAUACGGCGACUGUUGUAAGUUCUACUGUCGUUGUGUAUAUUGAGGACAGUGUCAGUUGGGGGUUGGGAUUUGGCCUAUCUGCUCUUGUUAAUUUGAUUGGUCUGGUCGUAUUCUCAUCUGGAAUCCAUUUCUAUCGUCGUGAUAAGCCACAAGGUAGCCCAUUUGUGAAUAUAGCUCGUGUUGUUGUUGCUAGUAUCCGGAAAUGGAAUGUUAAGCUCACAUCUCGAAGGGAGGAUUACCACUACCACAAUGAUGGAGAGGCAAAGACAACUCCCGCAGCACCUAAAAAGAGUUUCAGAUUCCUGAACAGCGCAGCCCUGGAAACAGAAGGGGACUUGAAGCCUGACGGCUCAAUUGCAAGGCCAUGGAGGUUGUGCACACUCCAGCAAGUAGAAGAUCUCAAAACUAUCAUUAGAAUUUUCCCCGUGUGGUCUUCCAGCAUAUUUAUAAGUACCCCAAUAGCGAUUCAAAUGAGCUUAACGGUCCUGCAAGCUCUAAAGAUGGACCGUCACAUUGGAUCACAUUUCAAAGUCCCGGUUGGAUCUGUCCUAGUCGUGGUUACAAUCGCCUCUUGCAUCGCUGUCCCAAUAAUUGAUCGUAUCCUAUAUCCCGGCUGGCAGAAACUGACCCAUAAAUCUCCGACUCCCCUCCAAAGACUAGGAAUUGGUCAUGUCCUAAAUAUCACAGGCAUGGCUGUUUCCGCAUUGGUCGAGUCAAAGCGUCUCAAAACAGCUCACGGUUCCAAGGUGCCAAUGUUGGUCAUGUGGUUAUUCCCACAGUUGGUUUUGGUGGGCAUCGGUGAAGCAUUUCAUUUCCCGGGGGAACUUCAGUUUUGCUAUCAAGAAUUUCCAGCGUCACUUCGUACCACGGCGACUGCAAUGGUUGCGAUGAUAAUAGCCAUUGCUUUUUACUUGAGCACGGCGCUGGUUGAUCUUUUUCGGAGGGUUACAGAAUGGCUGCCGGAUGAUAUAAACGAAGGGAGGAUAGACAAUGUGUACUGGGUUGUGGUUGUGAUAGGUGUGCUCAACUUUGGUUAUUUUUUGUUAUGUGCCAAGUUGUACAAGUAUCAGAAUGUUAAGGGAGUGGAAGAUAGUAGCUCCUCAGUCUCUGAAGGUUAGAAAA